AUGUGGACCUCAUAUACAAGCCUAAAACGUGAGGAGGAGAAGAAGGUGAUUCAAACAGCUUCCAUGUUGGAACAUAUCCACACUUGCUGCCACAAUCUGUUUUUUCUAGGCAGGUUGCCCGAGAAGACAUAUGGAACAAGAUUUGAUGUUUUCAAGCCAAUCCAAAAGAGUUCUUUCCCAGAACCGACCAGGCCUGAAUUCUUGACCCAAGAAAGACCUAAGACGACCCGUGAUCUGACCCGGAAAAGCUUGGAGCAGAACAUGAACCGGCAUUCAACCCAAUUGACUAUAAACCGACUAAAUGAUGGACUUUCCAUGUUUAGUUCAUUGAGGACACGAAUAUGGGAACUAGAAGAGACUCUAGUCUCCUUAGAAGCUUUGUGGAAAGUCAAUACACACCCAGAAAAUCAGAAUAUAUCAACAUUCAUGUCUAAGCUUCAGUUUCCUUAUUUAGAGGAUUUUUCAUCUAUGGAUUUACUUCUCCAACGGCUAAUUUCUCUUGAUACCCAACUUAAAGAAGCGUCUAGAAGGAGGAUAACACAUGGAUUUUCCAAGAAAAUAUCAAAGGUACAAGGUGUCCCACGAGUUUCCUAA